AUGGUACAGCUCGGCGCCCAUCUCAUUGAGAAGAACAAGGAGGGCUGGUGGAUCGACGGUCUACGGCAGCUUCCACUGCCGACCAUGCCACGACGUUCAGAAGCCUACCAAGCGACACUAGAUCGCUGGAAAUCAUUGUACGACUUGGGAGGGGUGGACGUGGCCGUCUUGCAAGAGCGAAAGCUCGCUUACGAGCGCUGCGCGACCACUUGGGAAACGCGGCAAAUGAAGGCGAGAGAGCUCCCCAAAUCACACCAUGUGCUGUCUCAGGCCAUUGCGACGGAGGCCUCUCUCAUGGACAAGAUUGCGGAAAAGCUCAAAUGCUACGAGUGGCAGACCCGGUCGCAAGGUUGGGCCUUGGACUACCAGAAGGAGCUUUGGAGUCAUCGGAUCAAGUCAACGCUGGAGCUCAACAACAUUUGUGAUGAGGAGGAUGAGCCCAACAGGCGUCAGAGGGGGGAUGAGUUGGAGCGGGAGCGCCAAGCUUUGGAGAAUAAGAGGAUCCAGGCCGCAAGGGAACUUAUUUGGAGGGAGGAGGUUGCAGAAGCGGAGAGAAAAUUUAUGGAGAUGUUUGAUGCCGAGAGAGAGCGAGGGGAGACUGAGGAGGCUAUGAGACAGAAUCAGGCGGCUGCUGAGGCCCAAAGGCAACAACAGGAGGCGCUUGAGGCCCAAAGGCAGCGGGAUGAGGCUGUUGGGGCCCAGAGGAAGCGAGAGGAGGCUAUGAGACAACAGCAGUUGGCUGCCGAGGCACAAAGGAAGCGAAAUUAA